UCGCACCAGAAUAACACGAGGGUAAGGAUUCCUUUUCAAUUAGUAACAACUCAUUCCUUACUGUGUAAUAAUCAAUUUAUUUAAUUAAUUACACUUUUCAUGUCUAUUCCCACUUAAUUGACCAGCUUUUAUUUUGGAGAGCCUGAGCGACUGCUGUUUGCUCGACACUUGUUUCCUCCUCUGAGAAGUGCUGAUGUGUGUCCUCGCAGCGCGCUUGUGUGCGACCCGAGGAAGAGAGUACGAUGGAAAAAAGCAAACAGCACCGCAAACUCGGUGCCGCUUUCUCAAAAGAUGCCGUCAGUCCGAAGGGAAAACCUGAGGAGAACUUUCCUACAGCUUUGUCACUGCGCCUGAAUGUGGUCGCGGGUCCCGAGUGUCUUCCUGCACGCGAGGAGUCGCAGGAAACGCUGCGAGGGAAACUGCGCAAUCAGCAGGACGACAGCACUGAGCUCAGCGCUCUCUUUAGGGAGUUGUCUGCCCACCUGCUCGCCGUCGACAGUGAAGACCAAGUGAUUUUUGUCACGUUCAAAACCUUCGAGGAAGUGUGGAAGUUCACAACCUAUUACACGCUGGGUCUCCUGGGUCAUUUCAUGGAGCAGCUGUUGUUUGACCAGAAGUUGUGGCUCCUUUCCUUGGAAGAACAGUUGAGGAUCGAGGUCUCCACUCCGGAGGACACUCUUCGUGUUUUCUACACCUGCGCUCUCAUGCAUGAAGCGUCGCUUUUCGCUCGCUGCGCCGCGAGCCAGAUUUUUGACAGUUCCACCUCCGGAGGUGAUCUGUACCUGGAACAGGGAGACAUUGCGCUCUUUGAGGCACCCUUGCAGGACUCGGGCUGGACUGUCCUGUGUCUGGCGGACGGAGCCAGAGGCACUACGCCCAAACCGACACUGGAGCCCGUCAUACCUUUUCAUCAGUGGUUUCUCAAGUCCUGCCCCGAGAGCAUUUUAGUGGGUGAUGGCAAACCUGCCAGUGACCUCCCUUUGCACUUUGCCACGGGCGCGUGUGUGGCCACCGUGCAGUAUGACGCCGAAGGUCCAGACGAGUUGAGCGUGUCACCGGGUGAUCGCAUCGUCAUCAUGGGACGACUGGUGUCCUGCCACCGCUGGUUCUUGGGCGCCAAGGAGGAAACGGGGGAAGCGGGUCUGGUGGCGACGAGCCAGGUGCAACGCUCGGGUGACACUUAUGAGUCGGUAAACGCUCUUUUAGACGGAGAAGAAGUCAACUUCUUCAACCUCCGUGAGGACGACAUCAUUGAGGAAACGACUGCCUUGCUCGAGAGAACAUCUCAAAGUGAUGUCGGUCAUGCGUACAAACUAGAUGUGUUCAGUUACCAAGACUCCGAGAAGAAUCGGUCAAAAAAUUCCUCAGCCUCAGUUGAGCCUGACGUCGCAGAAAAUACGGAGUGGCUUUUCGACCGAGAAAAGCACUUAACCCCCGUGCGCGUUUGUCCGAGGAUCCAAGAGGAUGCGAUUGAUCCCGUUGAAGGCCGACGCCUGAAAACUCCUCGUUUCACAGUUCAGCCAGCUGAAGAGAGACAAGACACCGAGAACAUCGCUUUGCUCCUGUCUUUUUUUGAAGGACGAGAAUCCAAAGAUGAGUUCAGAGUGUUGUACCUACAAAGUCCUGAACAUCUGUCCUCCUCCAUCUUUUGCGGCCACUCCUGCGACGACGAGUUGAUCUCCUUUCUCUCCGUCGCCAGAGAAACUGCCAGGAAGAAGCGGCAAUUGUGGUCCCAGACUCGUUUAUGCUUCUUGCUGGGCAAGUUCUCUGCUGCUAAGUCCAAAUUCAGCCAGGCCCGGGUUUACUUUGAGGAGGCUCUCGCGGUCCCUCGUGAAACUUUCAAAGAUGUUAGUCUGCUGGCGAGCAUUUACUCCAAUCUGGCAGGCAUUUAUUUUUUACAGAAGAACACAGAGAGCUUCUUCGGUAUGUCCGAGCGACUCGUGGCCUUGUUAAUGGGAACGUCGCACUGCCUGGAAUGUGUGAAGGAAAGCUCGGUUCUAGAAUACGCCCUCAAGAAAGCGGUUCUUUCUCAAAACACAAUGGCUGAAGCUCGAGCUUGUUAUUUUCUGGUGAUGUAUCAUUGGACGAAUAAACAGGGCUCCCAAGUUGUCCCGUACCUAGAGAGACUCCUUGUUCUAUCCACCACAGCCCAGGGAAGGUCCAGCAUCUCUCCCAGUGGAGGGCAUCUAACCCUGGGGAGGCUCUACAGGGAAAUGGGCCUCCACCAUCUCAGUAUUUGCUCAGCUGCAAGAGCAUCACGCCAUCCUUCUACGACACUGACUGACAGCUUCAGCAGCCUGCUCCUUGUCUCUGACAACACCACGGACGAGGACUCCUUCCCAGCUCACCUGGCUCCAUAUUUACACUGUUGUCUGUCUUUGACCGACAACCAAGGAACACCACGACAUGGACAACAUUCGGCGUUGAAGCACCAACUUGCCGUUUGUCUCUCGCAGCUCUUUUACCGGCAGGGGAUGCUUGACAACGCGAUCCGACUCAUGCGCGUUCUCAUCGGCGAAACUCCUCCCUCCGCCGACCCGGCAGAACAGAAGAACGCCCUCAUCUGGCUGGCGUGGCUCCACAUCCACGACCGUCAGCCGAGCGUGGGACUGCAUGUCUUGGACUCGGUCUCGGCCGCCCUGCCUGAGCACUACACCGUGCCGCUGAAAGGGCUGGUGCUCAACAUGCGUGGCGUGGCGCUCCGGUGCAUGGGUGACCUUCGCAGGGCGGCAGAGAGCUAUCACGCUGCUGUGGAGAUCUGCCAGGAGUACAAAGACAUGCCGAACUGGGCAGUAGCUCAUGCUAACCUUGGGCUGAUGUGCCUCAAGGCUGGAGCUAAAGGACUGGCCCAGAAGCACCUGAUGGAGUCUGUGCAGCUCUUUUCUGCUCUGGACGGAGGGCACGAGGCCACUUUCAUCGCUGUGCUGCUGGAACUGGGACAACAUUGCGUGAAGGAGCGCCGGAUGCAUCAUGGGAAAGGAUGCUACGAGUGGGCUUUGCUGCUGGCAAUCGGUGCCAACCUCUCAGAAUGGCAGCUGAGGGCGGUAAGACGCCUGUGCCACCUGUACGAAUGUGAGAGUCCAGACCAGGCCCGGCACAUCAUCUACAGCCAGUACCAGGUCCGGCUGCUUCGAGGAACGCGAGACCGAGAACGCGAGGGCGACGCGCAGGAAGCUGUCAGCCAGCUCUUCCUGUCGCUGGCCACAGACAGGGCCUACCGCGCAGCUCUUGACCACACCAAGAGCAGCCUGGGUAUUUUCAUCGACCUGGGCCGCAGGGAGAAGGAGGCGUACGGGUGGCUGCAAGCCGGGAAGAUCUACCACCUCCUUGGCCAGGUGGAACUGGUGGAACUUUACGUGCAGGCGGCUCAGGAUGUCGCCCUGAGCACAGGAGAUACCAAGUUCAUCUUGAACCUGCUGGAAGCUGCUGGAGAUAUCUUCUUCAACAGCAGCCAGGACCGGGACAAGGCCAUCACCUACUACAGGGAUCGCGCUCUUCCCAUCGCGGCCAGGAGCGACUCGGUGUCAAGCAAGCUGAGGUUGUGCAACAAGCUGACUGAAGUCAUGCUCAGCCUCCGACUGUACGGAGACGCUCUGGAGUUUGCUCACACCGCGCUGGACAUCAGCAUUACGUUGGGGGAGCGCUUGAACGAGCGGGUGGCCUACCAUCGUCUGGCCUUCCUGCACCACCGUUUGGGUCAGUGUGAGCUGGCUGAACACUUCUACUUGAAGACCCUCAGCCUCUGCCCGGCCCCUCUGCAGUUUGACGAGGAAGCGCUCUACUACGCCAGGGUCUACCGGACCUUGGGGGACAUCCUUUUCUACAAACUCAAGGACCCAUUUGACGCGGCAGGCUACUACCAUUUAGCGCUGGCCGCCGCCAUGGAUGUGGGCGACAAGAAGUCGCAGCUGGUCCUGUGCACCCGCCUGGCCACCCUCUACCACAACUUCCUCAAGGACCGCCAGCUCUCGCUUUUCUUCUACAAGAAGUCCCGGGGACUGGCCGCAGAGCUCAGCGUCAGGAGGGUGAACGCGGCGUUGGCGGAUCGCGCCGGCGUCGCGGUUUACUAGGCGGCGCCCAGGCUCGGUCAGAAACCGCUCCACCGCUGUAUGACAUUUCUGGACAGCGAGGUACACCAGUACAACAUCACGUAUCGUAUUUCCAUACAGUUGAGGCAUAUAUUUAAUAAUCCAUACGGGUACCUAAAUUUUUUUCAAGGAACUUUAAGAGUGUACUGAAAUGUCAUGCAGUACUUGAGGGCAGUUGUGGAAAAAUUGUUGCUAGUAAGACAAUCUAGUAGUGCACUCAAGUGUCGUACCAGUGAGACCAAAGAGGCUACCAGUACUUAGACAAUUCAGUGUAUUCGUAGGAUAUGUAAUAAAUGCUCAAAAGGGUUUGCCGUACAAAAAUUUCGGCGCUUGCGUACAGUCACGGAGGUUUUGCGCCACUGAGGGUCAGUGUAAACCUGUUUCGAGGCUGCCGGUCUGGAGAUACUAGUACACAACACCCGAAGCGCGGAAUGAGCUGAAAAUGGAAGUGGAAAGAAAGAGCAAUCUGCUCAUUUAAAAAUGCUGACGAACGGGACAAUAAAGAUGUUCUGAAACA